GGAUCCAGCCAUCCGGGCUGAUAAAGCGAGUUACUUGACAGUAGUGCUUCUUUCCUUGCAAAUUUCUCCGGAACUUCAAACCAGAAAAUUGAAGAUUUUCAGUCCUUUCCUUCUAUGGCUAUUUAAGCAAAUAUCGUCCAUUGUUCGAAGUUCAGCACCUGCAAUAAUAUUCAAUACGGCGAAGCAAUUAAAUUUUGAUUCCAAUGGACCCUUCAAUCAUGAAACUCCUGGAAGAAGAUGAGGAUGAGACGAUGCAUUCUGGGGCCGACGUGGAGGCCUUCACAGGCCUGAAUAGAGAUAUCGAAGGGGAUAUUUCCACAUCUCAGCCCUCUGAUUCAGAUAGUAAUGCAUUGUCUCAAGGAAGUAGUCAUGCUUCCAGUCAGUUUCUUCCCCAGUGGCAAACUUCGAAUCACGAUGACAAUGCUAAUUCUCUAAGUCAGCAAGAUCCUCUUGGUUCACAGAAAAGUGAGCCAUUAUCAGCGGAAAUGGAUGUGAAACAACCUGGAUUGGUCCACGAGAAUCAGAAACAACAAGAUAACACCAUGAGGAGGAAAUUAAUAUGCAGGAUGCUUAUACUAAUGUUGUCCAUAACACUGGGCCUGAGAGAACACAAAAUCCAGAUCAUGAAUGCUCAGCUUGUAAACUUGCAGAAGGCAAAUAAUCAGCAGGCAUCAUUUUCAGCAAUGAGUAAUCAACAGGCUGUGGUGUCAACAAUGACCAAUCAACAGCCCAAGGCUCCAGGAACAAGUAAUCACACAGGCCAGCAACGCUUGAAUCGUGGGAAACAAGUGCCUUUUGCUCUGUUGCUACCUGUCAUACAGCCCCAACUUGAUAAGGAUAGAGCAAUGCAACUAAACACUCUUUACCUUAAAUUAAGGAAAAAUGAAAUCUCUAAGGAUGGUUUUGUCCGGCACAUGAGAAGUAUUGUCGGAGACCAGAUGCUGAAGAUGGCUGUUUAUAAAUUGCAGUCUCAAGCUGCUCGAAACACACAGAAUGUGCCAAGUCAAGUUCCAUCACAGUCACAGGUUUCAACUCAGCAGCAAAAUUUGCCAACCUCAUCUACUGUCGCCAUGACAACAGACUCGACCAAUAAGGUAUCUGAUAGCAAUGCUCAGAAACCACGAGAGGUUGAACGACUGCCAGAUUCACAUGGAGUCCCAUUAAGCCAAAUGUCUACUGCUAGUUUGGCUGCUAAUCAAGAUAAGGAACGCUCUGCUUUUCCACCACAAGGAAUCAAUAAGCAGCAUUCACAGCAUAUGCUCUUCUCACAUCCGUCUUUUCCGACAUAUGGGAAUACUGGGAGCAUUCAUCGCCCGUAUUCGACAAUGAAUACAAAUACUUCAACACCUCUCAAACAACUACCCCACGACUCCCAAAUGAGACCUAUUCCAGCUCAUCAAACCAUGAAUGCAACUCAAUUGGGAACAACAACCCAGGGCAUGAAUAUGGUGAGUGUGACGAAGUUUGAUGGGCAGAAUUCUUUCAAUGACCCUAAAAGAUUGCAAAGUGGAAGUCUCACACCCGCCACCAACAGUCCAGUGCUGCCCCAGAAUUCAGUUCAGUGGCAAUCAUUAUCUGCUAAAGAGCAGAAAAGUGGGAUUCCAUCUUCUACCACCUUUGUUAAACCAGAACCGCUUGAUCAGUCAAAUGAACAAUACAAAUCCCAGUUUUCAGCUACACAGGGGUUGUCAUCCUUCCCUUCCACAAAUGUUGAACAAGGAAACACUCUUCCUGGAACUUUAAAGGAUGAAACUUUUGAAAUGCAGUCCUCCAGAUUGGGGUUCUCGGCACCCACAAGCACGGUGCCAACAAAUCCCAUGUUGUCAUCAAUGCCCAGUCAGAUGGAACCUAAUAAUACGUUAAAUUCCAGGAUGCAUUCUUCUACCUCUGCCAGCAUGGGGAUUGGAACCAGUUCAAAGGCUCCCGCUAAAAAACCUUCGAUCGGCCAAAAAAAGCCACAGGAGGCCCUUGGUUCCUCACCACCUCCAUCAAGUAAGAAGCAAAAAGUAUCUGGUGCCUUUCUGGAUCAAAGCAUUGAACAACUCAAUGAUGUGACUGCUGUCAGCGGUGUUAAUCUCAGGGAAGAGGAAGAACAACUAUUUUCUGCCAAGGAAGAUAGUCGUGUUUCAGAAGCAUCUCGACGUGUUGUGCAAGAAGAAGAAGAUCGGCUGAUUUUGGAAAAAAUCCCUCUUAAGCGGAAAUUAGCAGAGAUUUUGGCAAAAUGUGGUUUAAAGGGUAUCAGCAAUGAUGUUGAGCGGUGCUUGUCUCUGUGUGUGGAAGAAAGAAUGCGUGGGCUGGUAGGUAAUCUUAUCAGACUGUCAAAGCAGCGCUUGGAUAUAGAGAAGUCUAGGCACAAAACUGUUGUGACCUCAGAUGUUCACCAACAAAUCAUGUUGAUUAACCGAAAAGCUCGGGAAGAAUGGGAGAAGAAACAAGCUGAAGUAGAGAAACAACAAAAGCUGAAUGAACCUGAGAGUAAUCCUGGGGUUGAUGGUGAGAAGGAGAAGGAUGAAGGUCGUGUAAAACCGGUAAAGGCAAACAAGGAAGAAGAUGACAAGAUGAGGACAACUGCAAAUGUUGCUGCCCGAGCUGCUGUUGGAGGAGACGACAUGCUGUCAAAGUGGCAACUGAUGGCUGAGCAAGCCAGGCAGAAACGUGAAGGAGGAAUUGAUGCAGCAUCUGGUUCACAGCCUGGAAAAGAUACAGGCAGAAAGCCGUCAUCAGGAAGAAGUUCAAGGGACAAUCAAGAAGUGGAGAAAAGGGGCCAAUCUGCUGCUAAUUCCACUCCUGGUGCAGUUAGAAAAGUAGGAAGAAAUCAAGUUGUAGUGGCACAACCCAAGGUGGCUCGCACUAUUUCAGUCAAGGAUGUGAUUGCUGUUCUAGAAAGGGAGCCUCAGAUGUCAAAAUCAACGCUUAUGUACCGAUUGUAUGAGAGAGUCCGGAGUGAUGCUAAUGACAAAUGAGUUGGGAUUAUCCGAAAAGGGGUUGUAGCAGCUGACUGUUAUAUGCGAUAUUACAGUUGUUUAAAUCAAUGUCUUCAGAGAUCUCAGAGCUCUCUUGUCACA